AUUCUGUUAUGAUUUAUUAAGUCACAAACUCACAAACUAUUUAGUUUAUUUAGGAUUGGACAGGACAGGUGUCAAUUAUUAUUAUUUUAUAUUUUAUAUUUAUUACAAAAAAUAAUUAAUUAUAAUAUCAUAAAACAAUACAGAGUAGAUUAUUACCACAAACUACAAACUACAAUAUUAAAAAUUUUUUUGUUAAGAUUAAAUAUUAGUGCUGACUGAUUAUUUAAUAAUUUUUGUUUUGAUAAAUUGUGAUCGUUAAUAAUUGUAACUUUUGUUGUUAUAUAACUACUUUUGUAUCGAGUGAAAUUACUAGAAAAUAUGAAUAUAAAUAUGGAUAAAUUUACAUUUAAUAUUACAUCUGAAAUGUCUUUGUCUAGUAUAAAACAAUUUGCUAGCAUCGAAACAGGUAUGUUACAGAAGGACUUUUACUUGUUGUUUAAUGGAAAAAUUUUAAAUGAAAAUUCUAUUCAAAAUGGAAUUGUAUCUAUUGUACCUCGGAUUAUGGGAGGCAAGGGAGGAUUUGGUUCAAUGCUACGAGCAAUUGGUGCACAAAUUGAAAAAACAACAAAUCGUGAAGCUUGUCGAGAUUUAAGUGGACGUCGAUUACGUGAUAUCAAUGAAGAGAAACGAGUGAAAGACUUUUUAGCUAAGGGAGGUCCUAGUACAGAAGAUCCUGAAGAGCGCAAAAAACGCAAAUUACAACGUCUAUGUCAAGCACCCAAAACAGAAUUUAAAGAUGAACAUUAUGAAAAGCAAAUGUCUGAAAUGACAGAAUCUGUAUCAGAUGCAAUAGAGUGUGGUUUCAAAGCAAGCACAUCAGAAAAUCCAAUUAAGAAAAAAAUUAAAUCCAAGGGAUAUUUUGAUUCUGAUUUGGAUACAGAUAGCAGCUGUGAUGAAUUAGAUGAAGAAAGUGUAUCCACUGAAUCUACUGAGUCAACCAAAAAAGAACAAUCAGAUAAGGAGCUAAAAGAAACAGAAAAUGUUAACAAACGUAAAAGUUUAGAUUUAGAAGAUACUGUAACUAUUACAAAAAAAAAAAUUAAAGUUUAACAAUUUUUAAAUAAAAAUUAUCAUUAAAUGUAUGUAUAAAAUUUAACAAAAUAGUUCAUUUUUGUUAAGUCAUAUGAACAUUAAAUUUCAAAAAUACAUUUUUAAUUUAUAUUUUAACAACUAUCUUUAACAAUGUAAACUUAAAAGAUGUAUCUAUACAUUUAAACAUUAUGUAUAAUAUAUAGUUGUUUAAGAUAGAUUUAUAAAUUCAAUUGAAUCAUGUCUAACAAUAUUUAUGUACAAAAUAAACUUUUUAUUUUGAUUCUGAGUUAAGGGUAA